AUGAUUAGCGAUGAAGAAAACAUAAAUGAGACAAUUGCUGAUCCUGGACGGAAGAGAAAUGAAUCUAUCUUUACCUAUUUGCAAAGAAAAACUAGACAAUCAUUUUAAUAAAUAAGAAGGAGUCAUUCGCGCUCUUCUAAUCACAGAAGUGAUAAUUAAUUGAUUACUUCUUACUCUCAAUUGAAUACUACAACUAUUGAUAACAAAAACGAUCUUAGUUUUUGCGAUGAGUCUAAUAAAGAGAAUACAUUUCUUUCACAAAUCAAUUAAUCUUUUACAAAUGGCCAAACAAAUUAGAAAGGUCAACAGAAAGGAUUUGCUAAGCUAAAUAAAUUUCAUUUAGCCAAUUCAUUUAUCAACAAAAGCAAUCUUCAAGAUGAUUCCUUUUCCAAUCAUUCCAGAUUACUUUUAGACGAGACUUCUCCUUCUAUUUCAAAUUAAAACAAAAAGACUUUGAAUAAAAGUUUUGACUAAGGCUUCAUCUUAAAUAAAUAUUUGAAUGAAAGGAGAGGGUUUUAGUUAGAUUUAAAGAAUGGCUUUGAAUAAUAGUAACAGACUAUUGCUUCAUUAGCAAAUUAAACAAGGGAAACAAAUGAUAUGGUGCUUUAUGAAGAACAGUCAAGCUACAGGUUUAAAGAAACAUUCAGAAACUCAACAUAGAAUAUAUAAAAUAACAAAAUAUCAAGCAAUUUAAUACAAAUACUUUAGACUUAUGACAUGUUUUGGAAUUAAUUAAGAGCAAAAGCAAUAGAAAUUAUAGAUGCUACUUCUUCCUAUAAAAUUAAGUAUGUUAAUGAUUUGAGUUAAGAGUUCAGAAAAAUUGAUAAAAGAAGAUUACAAACGUUGUCUGAUGUAUUUAAUUAGAUCUAAUAUUAUGAUGAAUAAACUAAAACAACACUAAAUAAAUAAACUAAAUAAUAUGAGGUGAAUAUAUAAGAUUAUGAAAAAUAAAUAAAGGACCUUGAGAAACAAGUUUAAGAAUAAAAAAAGUAACUAGAAAGAAUAGAAUAAGAAAACGAAAUUUUAGCUGGGCUGAAAAGAAUAUAAGAACAGUCAUUAAAAUAUCCAAAUGAUCAAGAUUUUCAUGAAAAAAAUUCUAAAAUGGUUUAACAAAUAAGUUUUUUGAAAUAAGAAAAUUCUAAUCUAAAAGAAAAUAUGGUUAAACAAGAUAAAGAGAGGUAGUAACUUAAAGAAGAAAUACUCAAUCUCAAAAAGGAGUGUAAAAAAUAUGAACUUAAUAUAUAAAAGCAGAGUUAAGAAAUUAAUUCCUUAGAAAACUCUCUUCAUGAAGCGAAAAAAGAGUAAAAAUCUUAAUUAAAACAUGACUUAGAAAUGCUUAAACAAAAAUUGAUCGAAAAGGAUUUUACAUUAGAAGAAUAAGUUAAAAAACUAAAUGACACAAUGAGUUAAAAAGAAAAUAUUAGAUAAAAGUAAAAAUAGCAAUGGGAAGAAUCGUAUAAAUAAUUAAAAGAAGAAAUAAGAAAACUAAAAGUUGAAAAUUCUUAAUUGAAACUAGAAAAUGAAAAAGCUGCAAGAACUGUAUUUGAUAAUAAGAAUGAAAAAAAAUAGCUGGAGUAAUAUUAAAAGUAAAAUGAUUUUCUCUAGUAAAAAAUAAAAGAACAUAAAAAUUUUUCUGAUAAAUUAAUUGAUGCAAUAAAUUAAAUUAAGCAAGUCUCCGUUCAAAAAGGUUUUGGUGAAUUUGUCAAUCCUUUCAUAAGGGUUUUAGAAAUCUGA